GUUGAAUAUUCUCUCUUUCUCUCAUUUAUGCUGAUUGGAGGUAUGUUCUUGAGCAGCAGAAGCACAACACACGAAGAAGAAAGAAGAAGAAGAAGGUGAAAUUAGGACCUUUUGAAAAUCAACAAAUUCGGUUGUCAUCGUGAGAAAGUUUGUGUGAUAGAGAAAGAGAGAGACAUGGGUUGUUUCUUUUGCUCCGGUGGAGAUUCUUCUGGGAAAAGAUCACCACAAAAUAAGAGAAAGAACAACACCAAGAACAACCAAUCACAUCCCUCUCCUGAUAACUCCAACUUGAAUCCAAGUGGCGAAUUGAAGAAGGAUAAUCCUAAAGAAUCCAAACAAUCAUCAGUUGCCAAUGAGAACGAUGAUAAAAUCAAGUCUCCCAACAAUAAAGAGUCUAACAAAACCAAGGCACGAAAAUUUACAUUCGCUCAAUUGGUAACUGCCACCAAUAACUUUAAGGCUGCAAAUUUCUUGGGUGAGGGUGGAUUUGGUAAAGUUUAUAAGGGAAAAUUAGAAGACACUCAUGAGAUUGUUGCUAUUAAGCGAUUGGAUCUUGAUGGAAGUCAAGGGAUUCGAGAAUUUGUUGUUGAAGUUUUAACUUUAAGCAUGGCUAAUCAUCCAAAUUUGGUCAAAUUAAUCGGUUAUUGUGCCGAAGCCGAACAAAGGUUAUUAGUCUACGAGUACAUGCCAUUAGGUUCUUUGGAGGACCAUCUGCACGGUCUACGUGUGAAUAGGAAGCCGCUUGAUUGGAACGCGAGGAUGAAAAUAGCGUCGGGUGCGGCCCGCGGGUUGGAGUAUUUGCAUGACCGAAUGAAUCCGCCGGUUAUAUAUCGAGAUUUGAAGUGUUCUAAUAUUUUAUUAAAUGAAGAAUAUCAUGCCAAGUUGUCGGAUUUUGGGUUAGCAAAAGUGGGCCCACUUGGGGACAAGACACAUGUCUCGACCCGAGUGAUGGGUACGUACGGUUAUUGUGCUCCCGAUUAUGCAUUGACCGGUCAACUUACCUUCAAAUCCGAUAUAUAUAGCUUUGGAGUUUUGCUCUUGGAGCUCAUUACGGGGAGAAGACCAAUUGAUAAUACAAAACCUACUUCCGAGCAAAAUCUUGUUACUUGGGCACGACCGUUGUUCAAAGAGCGAAAGAAGUUUUCUCGGAUGGUGGACCCUAUGCUUGAAGGGAAAUACCCUGUGAGGGGGCUUUAUCAAGCUCUUGCCAUUGCUGCAAUGUGUCUACAAGAACAACCCAACAUGAGACCUCUUGUGGCGGAUGUUGUAACGGCUCUUAACUAUUUGGCAACCCAAAAAUAUGAUCCGUUAAUUCACCCAGUUCAGAGGUCAAGAUACUGGUCAAACCUUGACCAGGAUGGGGUUGUAUCGCCUUGAAAGGUGGUUUCAAACACUAAUAUUUAUAUCAGAACUGGAGGAGAAAUUCCUCCAUUUUUGUUUGUUUUUGUUUUUUUUUUUUGGGAGUUGAUGAGAAGC